CUUCCUUGUGCUGAUAUUAAUAGAGACAGGAAAGGCGAGGGGCAACGUUGGGUUCAUUGCGUGGGAGGAAUAACAUCAGGUGGUUAUUGAGCCCUCAGCCGUCGUCGGUGGUGCUUCUUCAGCUCCGAUCGGUAGUGGAAUCUGCACCGAUCUCCCCCCUCUGUCUCCCUGUUUGUCCCUGAUGUUUUUGUAGAGAUUUGAGCAAGGAAGGCGGGUGAAAAGUUGGAUCUUUGGAGAGAUUGCAGGAGCAAUGGAAGCCAAUGCUGGAAUGGUUGCGGGGUCGCACAAGAGGAACGAGUUCGUGAUGAUACGCCACGAAGGCGAUUCCGGACCAAAGAUGGCGAAGAACUUCAAUGGUCAAGAAUGUCAGAUUUGUGGUGAUACAGUUGGGCUCUCAGCUACAGGGGAUCUGUUUGUUGCUUGUAAUGAGUGUGCCUUCCCAGUUUGCCGAGCUUGUUAUGAGUACGAGAGGAAGGAAGGAAACAAGUCUUGUCCCCAAUGCAAGACUCGGUACAAGAGACACAAAGGUAGUCCUCGGGUUGAGGGAGAUGAAGAAGAGGAAGAUGUUGAUGAUCUGGAUAAUGAAUUCAAUUACAGGCAUGGCAAUCUCAAGGCAGGAAGCAAAUGGCAGGGAGAAGAUGUUGAUUUAUCUUCAUCAUCUAGACAUGAACCUCAACACCGUAUUCCGCGUUUGACCAGUGGGCAGCAGAUUUCUGGUGAAUUACCUGAUGCAACACCUGAUCGUCAUUCUAUUCGAAGUCCAUCAUCGGGAUAUGUGGAUCCCAGCAUGCCAGUUCCUGUAAGGAUUGUGGACCCUUCAAAAGACUUGAACUCUUAUGGACUUGGCAGUGUUGAUUGGAAAGAAAGAGUUGAAGGUUGGAAGCUCAAGCAGGACAAAAACAUGAUGCAAAUAACUAACAAAUACAAUGAUGGAAAAGGAGACAUGGAAGGAACUGGUUCAAAUGGUGAAGAUCUACAAAUGACUGAUGAUGCUCGUCUACCUAUGAGCCGCAUAGUGCCAAUACCUUCUAACCAACUAAACCUCUAUCGCGUGGUCAUCAUACUUCGACUUAUCAUUUUAUGUUUCUUCUUCCAAUAUCGUGUAACUCAUCCAGUACCUGAUGCUUAUCCUCUAUGGCUGACCUCAGUCAUUUGUGAGAUUUGGUUUGCUUUGUCAUGGCUUCUCGAUCAAUUUCCAAAAUGGUAUCCGAUCAAUCGUGAGACUUACCUUGAGAGGCUCGCAUUGAGGUAUGAUAGAGAAGGUGAACUGUCACAGCUAGCCCCAAUCGAUGUGUUUGUCAGUACAGUCGAUCCUCUGAAAGAACCUCCUCUUAUAACAGCCAACACAGUUUUGUCUAUUCUUGCUGUGGAUUACCCUGUCGACAAAGUUUCAUGCUAUGUUUCUGAUGAUGGUUCAGCAAUGCUUACUUUUGAAGCCCUAUCAGAGACCGCUGAAUUUGCAAGGAAGUGGGUACCGUUUUGCAAGAAGCAUAAUAUUGAACCCAGAGCCCCAGAGUUUUAUUUUGCCCAAAAGAUAGAUUACCUGAAGGACAAAAUCCAACCUUCUUUUGUGAAAGAACGGAGAGCAAUGAAGAGAGAAUAUGAGGAGUAUAAGGUUCGCAUAAAUGCUCUUGUUGCCAAAGCACAGAAAACUCCAGAGGAAGGUUGGACAAUGCAAGACGGAACUUCUUGGCCUGGAAAUAAUCCAAGGGAUCAUCCUGGCAUGAUACAGGUCUUUCUAGGACACAGCGGAGGGCUUGAUACUGAUGGCAACGAACUACCUCGGCUUGUAUAUGUUUCCCGUGAGAAGAGACCAGGAUUCCAGCAUCAUAAAAAAGCCGGUGCAAUGAAUGCCUUGAUCCGGGUAUCUGCUGUCUUAACCAAUGGUGCCUACCUUCUGAACGUGGAUUGUGAUCACUACUUCAACAAUAGCAAAGCUCUUCGGGAAGCCAUGUGCUUUAUGAUGGAUCCUGCUCUUGGAAGGAAGACGUGCUAUGUACAAUUUCCUCAACGAUUCGAUGGCAUUGACUUACACGAUCGAUACGCCAAUCGCAAUAUUGUGUUUUUUGAUAUCAACUUGAAAGGUUUAGAUGGCAUCCAAGGUCCUGUCUAUGUGGGAACAGGAUGUUGUUUCAACAGGCAGGCUUUGUAUGGCUAUGAUCCUGUGUUGACUGAGGCUGAUCUAGAGCCAAACAUUGUGUUCAAGAGUUGUUGUGGUUCAAGAAAGAAACGAAAGGGUGGGGAUAAGAGCUAUAUUGAUAGCAAGAAAAGAGCUAUGAAGAGAACUGAAUCUUCAGUUCCCAUCUUCAAUAUGGAAGAUGUGGAAGAAGGCAUAGAAGGUUACGAAGAUGAGAGGUCACUGCUUAUGUCCCAGAGGAAUUUGGAAAAGCGAUUUGGUCAGUCACCAAUUUUCAUUGCUUCCACCUUUAUGGAGCAAGGAGGCAUACCACCAUCCACUGAUCCGGCAUCUCUUCUGAAGGAAGCCAUACAUGUUAUUAGCUGUGGCUAUGAAGACAAAACCGAAUGGGGAAAAGAGAUUGGCUGGAUAUAUGGCUCAGUUACUGAGGAUAUUCUUACUGGAUUUAAGAUGCAUGCUCGUGGGUGGAUUUCCAUAUACUGUAUGCCGCCUCGUCCUGCAUUUAAGGGUUCUGCUCCAAUCAAUCUUUCUGAUCGUCUUAACCAAGUGCUGCGGUGGGCCUUGGGAUCAGUGGAGAUUCUGUUCAGUAGGCAUUGUCCUAUAUGGUACGGUUACAGUGGAAGAUUGAAGCUUUUGGAAAGGCUGGCAUACAUCAAUACCAUAGUUUAUCCAAUCACUUCUAUCCCACUGAUCGCCUACUGUGUUCUUCCUGCCAUUUGCCUUCUGACUGGAAAAUUUAUUAUUCCUGAGAUAAGCAAUUAUGCAGGAAUGUGGUUCAUUCUGCUCUUCAUUUCUAUUUUUGCUACGGGUAUUCUUGAGCUCAGGUGGAGUGGCGUCGGGAUUGAGGACUGGUGGAGAAAUGAGCAGUUCUGGGUCAUUGGUGGCACAUCUGCCCAUUUAUUUGCUGUCUUCCAGGGUUUGCUCAAGGUGUUGGCAGGCAUAGACACAAGCUUUACUGUCACAUCAAAGGCCUCUGAUGAUGAUGGAGAUUUCGCUGAACUCUACGUCUUCAAGUGGACAAGUCUUCUCGUCCCCCCAACCACUGUCUUGGUCAUCAACAUGGUAGGCAUUGUUGCAGGCGUAUCCUAUGCUGUCAACAGCGGCUACCAAUCCUGGGGCCCCUUGUUUGGAAGGCUUUUCUUUGCAUUCUGGGUGAUUGCACAUCUGUAUCCUUUCCUCAAGGGUCUCAUGGGGCGGCAGAACAGAACCCCAACCAUUGUUAUUGUCUGGUCCAUUCUGCUUGCUUCCAUCUUCUCGUUGCUGUGGGUUCAUAUCGAUCCAUUCACUUCUCCCACACAGAAGGCUGUUCAAAUGGGACAGUGUGGUGUUAAUUGCUGAUGAUCUUCCUUUCCUCUCAAGUUCAAGUAUUGUUUCUUCUCAUUUAGGGAGUAAGGAUCUACGUAUUGGGAGAUUGCCAGCUCUAGAAGUUCAGUUAUUUAUGUCUAUUUAUUCUCAGUAUAGAUUGCUUGAUCACUGUAUUGUUGAAGGCUCAUGCUGCAGUAAUCUUUAAGGUUCCACUGCUACUCUUAUUUCUUUUCUUUUUUUUUUUGUGUAGAUGGCAAAGUUUUAUGUAUAUGAACAAGGACACUGUACAAUGUGUUUGUGACUAGCAUCAUUCCAUUUCAUGCUGAACCACUGUUGUGUUGGUGCUAGUCUGCUGCUGGACAGCAAAUAAUAUUAGAACACUAUUGGCUA